UUACCACGCUGGAUCAAGCGAUAACGAUGUUCCUAUCAAUGGGCUUCUUCAUCGGAGGCGUUGUCGGUUUCAUUCUAGAUAAUACAGCGCCAGGCACUCCCGAAGAGAGAGGCAUCAUAAAGUUCAACGCCAGAAUUAGUAGCGAGCACGGUGGCGCCACCUACACUGGCGGUUCCAUGCUGUCGUACGAUCUACCCUACGUGACGGACUUCCUGGGCAGGUUCGCUCUGAGCAAGUAUAUCCCGAUUCUACCGCAGUUUCGACGGGAGCAGUAUCUCCCGCUGGCUCAGAAUCGAGACGACGGCGGUGUCAACGUAACCGAGACAGUCGUGACUGGCUGGACAUCGAGUAAUGGGGACGCGGCGGCUCACGACUCACACGCGGAAGGCGAGUCACGGGUAUGAGCGAUGCAGGAAUGUCAUUUCCGCGUGCAUUUCCUCCUACAAGACGAGCCAACGAAACCCGUUAUCGCCACAUCCGACAUUGUUGUAUUGCUGGACACCGGUCAUCUACGCAUGAUCCACUUAAUUAGCUCACUGGCUGCGCACGAUGUGUGAGGGGGAAUUAAAUCAUUGCUAUUCCGACGAAGACUGCCAUCAUCUAUAGAUUACGAGUUGAAGGGACCAAAAACUAAGAAGGAUCUGUUUAUAUUAGUAUAUAUAUAUGUAUUACAUUAUGCAAUAUGUAUAUAUGUGUGUGUGUGUGUGUGUGUGUGUGUG